AUGGGGCGACUCUUUCCCAAUGAUCGGCAGCUCCAAUUGCAAGUUGAAAGCCUCAUGAAUCACUACUGUGGAUUGGCAGAGUUACUCUACGAGAUAUCAACGAUGAUGAAAUCACAGCGGAAGUGGUCUGAAAGAGCGGCAUCUCGGUUUGAAACUAUUACUCGACAAUACGCAGAACGUUGGUUGGAGUUCAUUGCAAAGACUGGAGAUGCACCAAGCGCUAACAGUGACGAGAUGACUGUUUUCAAUAAGCUUCAUGUUCUGAGGUCUCACUUGACACCGUUUGCAAUUGCUAACCAAAUGAUUGGCCGGUGCUCGGAAGAAGGUUUUGAAUCAGCGCAUAAGUGUAUUGAAUCCAUCAUGCAUCCAUUGGUCUGCAUGACAAGCACUGAAACAAGGACCUACACAAUAUUUAAAAGGAUUAUGCUCCAGUGUCGUCCGGAAAUCGAGGCAAUCCUUCGUGAAAUUAAAGAACGGUUUACAGGCAAGAAGCGGGCUCCUUAUACAAAGACGUUGCGGGCACUCAAAUCAUCCGACAAUGCUCUAUCAGCAGCCUCUGAGCAACACUCACAGACCCUCCCAGAAGAAUUCAUUCACUCGAUCAAUGGAUAUAUUAUCAAGGAGGGGUGGAAAGAUCACUUCGAAUUCAUCUGCAUGAGUAAGGUUCCUGCAUCAUGGUCGGAUCCAUUCUCAUCGGACGAAAGCCUUGGUGGUGUUUAUCGCGCCAAUGCCGACUAUAUCUAA